AGAUUUUAAUGGAUUUCAUUAUGUAAUGAAUUUUGUGAGACUUUUUAGUUAAAAUUAUACUUUUCCAACAAUCUUACAAAAAAUCUUGAGACUUUUUUUAAUUUUCCAAAAUUUUUUUUUUGAGAUUUUUUCAAACUUUUCAAGACUUUCAUUUUUAAUUAACCUUUUUUUUUUGAAUCAAAUUCUUAACCUAUUUUUUCUCUUUUCCCCAUAAUUUUCAUAGUUAACGGCACAGAGCGGCGAACGAAGCUAUAUUUCACACCACCGCCGCAGCUCCGCCGUCUCCGGCUCCCUCACCAUCGACGGCACCAAAAGCACUCCUUGCCUCUUGACAAACUACAGUUCCGUCACACUUUCUCGGUAAGGCACCGUUAUUCCGUCGAAGAAUCUUCACGCAGGUCCAGCCACCGAGCGGCCUCCGGUUACAACUGCAGCCACCGCCCUUCCCUCUCAGAAGAAAUUGUUCAAAUCAAACCCUAACAUUAUGAAGGAGCGUCAACAUGCUCCUCUUACCAUUGCUUCUAACUUGAAAAGGAAAAGGAAAGAAGAUAAAGGUAAGAAAAAUAAGAAAGAAGGUCGAAGGAAGGAGAAAGAAACAGAGAUAAAAGUUGACAUCAUUGAACCUGAGAGUUCGCUGGAGGAUGACCAUGACGAAGAAGGGUUUGACGAUGAUUCUCCUAGAAGCAAUGUUGUGGGAAGCUUGCAGCAAGAUCCUGAUGACAAUGAUUCUGGAUCAAUAGAUGGUUCUGAGACUGAAGAGGACAUUGAGUUUUCUCAUUCAGAUGAAGAGGAUAUUAGGACAACUGGUGGAGCAAAAUCCGAGGAUUCAGCGGAUUUAAGCUCUUUUGAUUUACAUUUGCAACAUAAUUUAUCAAAAGAAGAAAUUGACAACCUAAAGGACUUGAAAUUUAGUUGGGAUGUACCAGUUAUUGGUGUCUCAAAUUGCAAGUGGACAGGAACUGGAGAAAAUAUCUUGGAGGAUUUGAAUAUCAACUCAUGUCCUGGCCUGAAGGAAAAGUUGUACGAGCAUUGGAUGGAUGUCUCCAAAGGCAAGGAUAUCAAUUCACCAAAACAACAGAUGUUUUUCUCCCUUUGUAGCAGCUACCGGGAUAUACUUCAUUGUAACAAGAGACCAUUCUAUCUAAAAGGCAUCGAAGACACAAGCAUCAUGGAUGCAUACAUAAUGCAUUCUCUCAAUCACGUCUUCAAAACCAGAGAUUGUGUUAAAAAGAAUGAUGUCAAACUGGCUAAGCUUGAAGAGGGUGCAGAUAGUGAGAAAUUCCGAGAUCAAGGUUUUACUCGUCCCAAGGUUUUAAUUUUGUUGCCAUUGGCAAGUAUUGCGUACCGUGUUGUAAAGAGGCUUAUACAACUUACACCUUCAGCUUACAAGGUCAAUGUUGAACAUCUGGAUCGCUUUUCUGAUAAAUUUGGAGGUGAAGAUCAUAAGGGUGACAAGGAUGGCCAGGAGUCUGAAAAUGCAUACCCUCAGAAGUCAUCCAAACCGGAUGACUUUGAACUACUUUUUGGAGGCAAUAAUGAGGACGACUUUAUGAUUGGCAUAAAAUUUACUAGAAAGGCCAUCAAGUUGUUCAGUGAUUUCCACACCUCAGACUUUAUUAUUGCUUCACCACUUUGUUUAGCUAAUAAAAUUGAAGAGGUUGGAAGCAAUACGGAAAAAGAUCUAGAUUUUCUUUCAUCCAUAGAGGUUCUGAUUAUUGAUCAUGCAGAUGUAAUAGCAAUGCAGAACUGGGAUCAUGUGCAUACAGUUAUUGAACAUUUGAACCGCUUACCGUCCAAGCAGCCCAGAACAGAUGUUAUGCGCAUUAGACCAUGGUAUCUUGACGAGCAAGCCAGAUUUUAUAGGCAAACUAUAAUUCUAGGUUUUUAUUCGAAUCCAGAUAUAAACGCUUCAUUCAAUCAUCAAUGUUCUAAUUAUGAAGGGAAGGUGAAGCUGUUGUGUGAAUAUAAAGGUGUUAUACACAAAGUGCUCCCUAAGAUUCAACAGGUUUAUGUACGGUUUAAUAUAGACUCAAUAGUAGAGGCUGAUGAUAACCGUUUUGAUUAUUUUGUGAAGAAGGUUUUCCCAAGAAUAAAAGAUUCUGAUCAGGGAGGGAUCAUGAUAUUUGCCAGCUCUUACUUCGAAUUUAUUCGAAUCCGAAAUUUUUUGAAGUCCCAAAAUGCUUCCUUCUGUCUGCUUGGGGAGUAUACAACCCAAAAGGAUAUUUCUCGUGCUCGUCUUUGGUUCUUUGAAGGGAAAAGAAAAAUUAUGCUUUACACAGAGAGAUCUCAUUUUUACCACAGAUAUAAGAUUCGCGGGGUUAAGAAUUUAAUCAUGUAUUCUCUCCCAGAGAGGAAGGAGCUUUACCCAGAGAUUGUUAAUGCGCUUGAUGCUUCUGAGUCUGAAAACACGCCAUGCACUGUCCUUUUUUCGCGCCUCGACAAAUUUCGGCUGGAAAGAAUAGUUGGAACAACUCCGGCGAAAACAAUGGUGACUUCGGAGAAACCGGUUUUUGUUUUUUGCGAAUAGAAUUCUGCUAUAUGUUGUAGCAUAUAUUUAUAUUCUUCUGAAACCAAGAUGCUUAAGAAGAGGAAGUCAAUAUGAUUUUUUUUCUGAGGAUAUGCUUGAAGAAUGAUAUGAUACCGACUCUUGCUGAUGGAGUUGUUCCUUAUCCCAUUUGGUUUAUUCACUUAUGUAAUGAUAGAAUCUUGAAUAUGUAUAACAAUUGCCAGGGUCAACUCUCAAUACAUUAUUUUUGUGACGAGAUACAUUCGGAGUUUAGUAUACAAGCCGGGUGUUGGAUCUCACAUUAAUAGAAUACAUGCAUUAGCUUGGUAUUAACUAUUUAUUUCCAGAAAUUUGUUAUUGAAAUGAAUGAAAUAUGAAAUCAAUUGAUUUGGUCUUUGCUUCUAA